GAGCGCCUUUCCUGCUCCAUUACCGGAGGAGAACAAGAACACGACAUUGGUUAACUAGGCUACGUGUUGUGUAAUAGAACUUCGUUCUAAGCCCUUGGAGUUCUUCCGUGCUUGCGUACUACAAAGUGGCGACCCUGCCAAGUCACAAGAAUCAGGAAUCCAUCAUCAUUAGUCUAAUGAAGAUCAUGCCAAGAAUGAACAACAAGUCUGAUGACGAAGGCCAUUCUGAUAUCGUUGACCCCACUACCAGACUUUCCGCUUCACUGGAUGUUUUGUCCCAUGCUUUGGAAAAGUUGUCAACAGGCUCGAGUUCGCCAGUCUGUAUGCAUGCAAUCCCACCUCCGGAGCGUUACACUCCCGGGAUGUCGUACUCCAGAUGGGAGAAACAAGUGCAGCUUUACCUCCGGCAGUUCCCAGUCCACCAACAUUCAGGCGUGCUCGCCGGCUUACUGUCAGGGGAUGCUUUUGAUGUCGUUGCUGAUAGUAAGAUUCUGGAAACAGAAGUCACGUCUGAGACGUUCACUGCCUUGCGCCGCCUACUGGACCCUCCUGCAUUGCCUGCACCCCUACGCAGGGAAUUCCACUCACGGUACCAGUGGCCCGGAGAGAGCAUUAGGACUUACGUGCGCGAACUCCGAAAGAUGGCCGACACCGCAUACGAGAGCGAGUCAUCAAGCGACCGUGAUAAACGAAUACUAGAACAACUCCUAGAAGGAAUCCAAACACCAUCCAUUAAACGUGAAUUUCUUCUUCACCCCCCGCAGGAGUUGGAUGCAGCCGUACGAAUUGGCGAACAACUUGAGCAGGUCGACAAAGCGAUGACCACGCCGACUUCCGGGUGUUUCGCUUUGAGGGGAAAUGGACGCCCCAGACGUGCGCCAACGGAACGGUUAACGUGGCAUCCUGACUAUCAGCAAAGAUAUUCAGGCUCAUGGCGACCAACGCAACAGGGUUCUCGGUGGCCCCGCCGACCAAUUCCGAAUCGUGGUCUACCUCGCUACAAUAACGGACGCCCAGAGCGCCUUUCCUGCUCCAUUACCGGAGGAGAACAAGAACACGACAUUGGUUAACUAGGCUACGUGUUGUGUAAUAGAACUUCGUUCU